CGGAGGGGGGAGGGGAAGGAGAUAAAAUUGGGGAAGGACGAAAACAAUGAAUGGAUCCAUUCGGCAAGUGAGGACCCUUGCCUUUUAUUGACCUUGCAAUAUUGAAGAAAAGCCUCGAUGCAAAGAGGCUGGUGAUCUUAGAGGCUGAAGAAGUUGGUGGUUCUCCAAAAUCAAAGCCAGAGGGCCCGACGGAAGGAAGUCAUGUUGGAGAGCAAUGAAACUGUCACUUCUGUGGGUGAUUGGCAGGACACUGAGAAUUACGAAGAAUCAUCUAUGGAGUCAUCAGAAACAACCAGCCCUGAGGCAGGAAAGGAGACCUUCCCAAAUCCAAAAGAGCCUCCCAAACCAUCAAAGAGCGAGAAGAAACCUUCCACCUUUCAGGAUGCCGACAUCCAUGAUCUCCUGGUCCCGCAAGAGGGUCACCAAGGGAAGUGGAGGAUCCAGUGUCCCGUGUGUGGGAAGAUAUGCAAAUAUAAAUCCGAUUUCAACCGGCACCGGGUGACCCACACGGGGGAGAAGCCAUAUCGAUGUACUGAGUGCGGAAAGAGCUUCAGCGACAGCGGGACUCUGACUGCGCAUCAAAGAACCCACACGGGGGAGAAACCCUACAUAUGUACCGAAUGCGGGAUACGCUUCAAUCGGAGCGGGAGCCUCAAGAGGCACAAAAGAACCCACACGGGGGAGAAACCCUAUCAGUGCCUGGAAUGCGGCAAAUAUUUCAGCCUGAAAUCCAUCCUGACCACACAUCAGAGAACCCACACGGGGGAGAAACCCUUCAAGUGCAUGAACUGCGGGAGGAGCUACAGCCGUAAGGGCAGCCUUGAUAGGCACCAGCGGGAUCACCCAGGGGAGCAGGCCUACAUCUGCGCGGAGUGCGGGAAAAGCUUCGUGGUCAGCGAUAACCUUCCCGCCUACCGAAAUCGCUACACGGGGGAUCAACCCUAUAAAUGCAUCGAUUGCGAAAGCCGAGUGAUCAACUUGGUCUAGUUUUGAAGGCAAAGCCUGGUCUCAAAGGUCCAAGCUCUGGACCUAAACCAAAAUCAGGACGCCACUCACUCUGGGUUCCCAAUGGUUUAUUAAACCGAACAGCUGAUUCUGACUGACUGCAAGCUGGCCGACGAUCAGCUGCUCAUUGGCCGGCUUGCAGGCAACCACAAUCAGCUGAUCGUCAGCCGGCUUGCAGUCAGUCGGAAUCAGCUGUUCAUUGGCUCUGCGUUGUUUGCCACUUGCAGCCUUCAACGCUUUCUGGUCCGAUGGCCUUCGGGAUGUUCUUCCUACCACCCACUUCCUGUUCUAGAGGUCCCUCCCCCAGGUAUGAGAAACCCCAUUUCGCAGUCACGUGAUCAAAAUUCAAAUACUUGGCCACUGACUCAUAUUUAUGACGGUGGCAGCGUCCCGGGGCUCACACGAUCCCCUUUCAAUACCUUCUGACAGGCAAAGUCUAUGGGGAAAACAGAUUCGCUUAAUGGCCACUCUAUGAACUUAACAACCAAACGGGUGCACUUUUAGCAAGUGUGGCAAGAAAGGUCAUAAAAUAGGGAAAAAUUCAUUUAACAAGUUUAUCUUAACAAGGUUAUCUCAAGUGUUUCGCUUGGCAAUGUAAAUUUGGGGGGGGUCCGCUGUGGUCGUAAGUCGAGGACUAUCUGUAUGGGAGGGGCUCGAAAAGGAGGGCCAUGAAGUUGAAAACCAACGGAGCAAUUUUGCAGGUUGUAGAGAUCAGCCCCCUCAGGCCACUGUAGGUAACCCUGGGAGACAGCCUUGGGAAGGAUAUCUCUGGAAUGUGCUCCUGACUUUGGCUGCCAUGUUGCUUCAUUGGUUUCCCAUCCCCCUUGCCUAUGGCAACUCGAGAGCAGGCCAGGGAUACUUUGCGAGUUGACAUACAGGACAUGGGAGAUUCUGCAAAGAAAGGGGGGAAAUUCUCUCAACCGGAUUUCUGGAUUAUACCUCUGUACCUGGCUUGUGCAAAGUCCCCGUUUCCAUUCAGAACCCUCCCAUCUGGACACUGAACAGGGCCCAGCCUUCAACCACUCCUUGGUGAGGUGUUUUGGGGAGGGGGGAACAUUGAUUGGCAGAAGGGAGCCAGUGAUGGGGCAGCUUGAGCCAGCCCCAUCACUCAGAUCCUCUGCAGAACCCACCUGUUUUGCUGUGUUGCAAGGGAGGGGCAGUUGGGAACUGGGAGUUUUAAUUCUGAAAGGCAGCCAGAACCGAUCAAGAGAAAAGUUAAAGAAAAUCUGCAAAGCAGCCUUGGUUUAAAUCAUACAUCUCUCCCUGGAAAAAGAAAGAUGUUUAAAAACGGUUUGAGAUUAAACCGCUGGGAUGAAAGGGGUUGAAAGACUGGCAUAAAUCAAACGUUUUUCUUUGGUCUUGAAAUAACUGCGAAAUGUAAAAUAAAGUUAGAAAC